AUGGAUGAUCUGCAGAGUUUGGCUGGUGUGCCUGCAGAGAUUUUUAGACUGCCACUAGAGGAACAGACCAUACAGAAAAGAAACCCUUCGAGGACAGAAGAUGAAGCCCCGGGGGCCGCCUUGAAGCCCCUGGUGUUCCGAGUGGAUGAGAGCACACCGGAGGUGGUACAGAGUGUCCUCCUGGAGCGCGGGUGGGACAAAUUUGACGAGCAAUGUCAGGAUGUGGAAGACUGGAAUCUGUAUUGGAGGUCGUCCUCCUUCCGAAUGGCUGAGUAUGUCAAUAUCAAGCCCUGGCAGAGGCUCAACCAUCACCCAGGGACGACCAACCUCACCAGGAAGGACUGCCUGGCCAAACACCUGGCGCACAUGAGAAGGCUCUACGGUGAGUCGCUCUAUGAGUUCACGCCCCUGACAUUCAUCAUGCCCAAUGACUAUACCAAAUUUGUGGCCAAGUACUUCAAGGAAAAGCAGGAUUUGGGUGCCAAGCCAAGCUACUGGAUCUGCAAACCGGCAGAGCUGUCUCGAGGGAGGGGGAUAGUCAUUUUCAGUGACAUCCGAGACCUCAUGUUCAAGGGCACAUAUGUAGUACAAAAGUACAUCUGUAACCCCCUGCUCGUGGGCAGGUACAAGUGCGACCUUCGCAUCUAUGUCUGUGUCACUGGCUUCAAGCCUUUGACCAUUUACAUGUACCAGGAAGGGUUAGUGCGGUUUGCCACUGAGAAGUUUGAUCUCAGUAAUUUGGGAGACUAUUAUUCCCAUUUGACCAACAGCAGCAUCAACAAAUUGGGGGUCUCGUACCAGAAGAUCAAAGAGGUGGUGGGUCAAGGCUGCAAGUGGACUCUCAGCAGAUUCUUUUCUUACCUUCGGAACUGGGAUGUGGACGACCUAUUGCUGAGGCAGAAGAUCAACUACAUGGUGAUUCUCACCGUCCUGGCCAUGGCUCCGUCUGUCCCCGCCACCUACAACUGCUUCGAGCUUUUUGGAUUUGACAUUCUUAUUGAUGACAACCUGAAGCCGUGGCUUUUGGAAGUCAAUUACAGCCCUGCUUUGACCUUGGACUGUUCCACGGAUGUCUCUGUCAAGAGAAGCCUUGUCCAUGAUGUUAUUGAGCUGGUAUACUUAAACGGCCUCAGAAGUGAGGAGAAGAAGUAUGGGAGAGCUUCUCCGCGAAGUUCCGUGGUCUCCCUUGCCGGGAGCAGUCAGAGUGAGCCCUGUGCCGUCCCCGAUUCCCCUUCCUACGCAUCUCUCAUACAGUUUACGACGGGCAGUAAAAGCAACCCACCUGUCCGGCAUCUCUAUCCCAAGCACACUCGAACCUCCCAGCUGAGAGAAAUGAUGAGCAGGCAGGAAAGACUCCUGACAAGAGAGGCAGCCAAAAGCAAGCCGAGGCACAAGCCUCGGCACUCGCCUCGCAAGAUGCUCUCCCCGUAUUCGUCUCAGCCGCAGCCCCACAAGAUGAAGGGGCCCGCGGGAGUCCUCCCGGAAGCCGGAAGUGCACCAAACGACCACGCGGGCAACUUUGUUCUCAUCUUCCCCUUCAAUAAGGCUACUUUCGGAGCCUCCAGGAAUGGGUUAAAUGUCAAAAGAAUAAUUCAAGAGCUCCAGAAACUAAUGAAUAAAUAACUCGUAAGUGGUAAAAGC